AUGAGCACCAACGAGCCAUUUUACUUGCGAUACUACUCUGGUCAUCAAGGCCGCUUCGGACACGAGUUUCUGGAGUUUGACUUUCGUGUUCUUGGAGACGGCCGCAGCGCAUCUGCACGCUAUGCAAACAACUCCAACUACCGCAACGACUCACUGAUCCGAAAAGAGAUGUGUGUCAGCGACACCUUGGUGGCUGAGAUCAAGCGUAUUGUCAAAGAAAGCGAAAUCCUCAAAGAAGAUGACACAAAGUGGCCUCAAAAGAACAAGGACGGUCGUCAAGAGCUGGAAAUUCGAUUAGGAAGCGAGCACAUCUCCUUUGAAACUGCGAAAAUUGGAUCGCUGCAAGAUGUCUCAGAAUCAUCGGAUCCAGAAGGCCUUCGUGUUUUCUACUACCUGGUCCAAGAUCUCAAGGCCCUUGUCUUUUCCCUGAUAGCCCUCCACUUCAAGAUCAAGCCAAUCUAA